UAGCUCAGUUAGCCGUGCAACUAACUUAGCGGUCCUAUUAUACUGUGCACCAGAACCGGAGUCGGGCGAGCAUGCAACUGAACCGGGAUCAGCAGCCUGCCAGUGAACAAGGCCAGACCGGGACCGAACACAGCCUCCGAGACCGACGGAGGCCAGUUUGAGGACAGGGAAUUUAGCAUGGAGUUGAUUUACAGCCGCUCUCCGGAGGAGACGAAGACACGGCGCGUUCAGGCGGGGACAGGAGAGGGGUCAGGCGGGGACAGGAAAGGGGUCAAGCGGGAGGUCGGGCAUCAGAGAGGCAGGACAGCGUUUAGAGCCAGAAUACUUUUCAAAUCUGGAUUAAGGAUUUAUUUCGACCAAACCAGAGUUGACUGAGCCGGAUGGAGGAUGGAGACACUGGUGCCUGGAGAUAGGAGCCUUUUAGGCCAGCUGAUCAAUAGAUGACCCAAACAGACAAAAGCAGCUGAAAGCCUAAAGCAAGAUGAAAGGCCUCAUCUGAUCUGGCAGCUCCCGAUGACAAUCAGAUGACAGCUGGAGUGUCAGUGGAAAUCUGACUGAAAGCCCAGUGGAGGUGUUGCACACACAUGGGGCCAUGAAUGAGGAUUUGGUAUCCGAGCACACACUGGCCAAAGUCCAACAGCAGUGGAGCAGGGAGCUGUCCGUGGUGCUGAAUUCAUCAGCUAACAGAUAUCCCCAUUGCACACUCAUGUGCUUGGGCCGCUCCUGAUACUCUUAGCCUUCCUAGCAGCAACUGACCACCACCUCCACAUCCAAGAUGGAUGACGACGGGCGUUACAGAGACGGCCGCUCAGACUUUGUCCGCGGCGCCAAGGACAUUGCCAAAGUGGCCAAGAAACAGGUCGGCAAGAAGGUGGGGCGCGGCGUGGACAAAAUGGCCGACGAGUACACCAAGCGUUCCUAUAAACGCUUUGAGGAGGAAGAUGAUGAUGAAGACUACGGCGGUGUGCCAAGCAACGACGGCGGAUAUUACCGCAAUGACAGCCGGGCCAAUGAUGAUGAAGGUCACAGCGACUCCACUGAAGGACACGAUGAGGAUGAUGAGAUUUAUGAAGGCGAGUACCAGGGCAUCCCGAGGGCGGACUCGGGCAAGGCUGGCGACAUGGAUGGAGUGGCGGCCGCCCAGGCACAACAGUUCAGGGAUCUGUCAGCCUACAAGGAUGAGAGAAGGAAAGACCAGGAGGAGUUGGCCCAGCAGUACGAGACCAUCCUGCAGGAGUGUGGCCAUGGGAAGUUCCAGUGGACGCUCUACUUUGUCCUGGGGCUGGCGUUGAUGGCGGAUGGCGUGGAGAUCUUCGUGGUCGGCUUCGUGCUGCCCAGUGCAGAGAAGGACAUGUGUCUAUCUGAGCCCAACAAGGGAAUGCUGGGUCUGAUCGUCUACCUGGGGAUGAUGGUUGGGGCCUUCGUGUGGGGCGGCCUGGCUGAUCGGAUUGGCAGACGGCAGACCCUCCUCAUCUCCCUCUCCAUCAACAGCGUGUUUGCCUUCUUCUCGUCCUUUGUCCAGGGCUACGUCUCCUUCCUCUUCUGCCGCCUGGCCUCUGGUGUCGGUAUUGGCGGCUCCAUCCCCAUUGUGUUUUCCUAUUACUCUGAGUUCCUGGCCCAGGAGAAGCGAGGAGAGCAUCUGAGCUGGCUCUGCAUGUUCUGGAUGAUCGGUGGUAUCUACGCAUCUGCCAUGGCCUGGGCCAUCAUCCCACACUAUGGCUGGAGUUUCCAGAUGGGCUCGGCCUACCAAUUCCACAGCUGGCGUGUCUUUGUGUUGGUGUGCGCCUUCCCCUCUGUGGCGGCCAUCUGUGCCCUCACCACCAUGCCUGAGAGCCCCCGCUUCUACCUUGAGAAUGGGAAACACGAUGAGGCGUGGAUGAUUCUGAAACAGGUCCAUGACACCAACAUGAGGGCCAAGGGCUACCCAGAGAGGGUCUUCUCUGUGACCACCAUCAAAACAGUGAAGCAGAUGGAUGAACUGGUGAACCUGGGUGAAGGUGCUGCCUGGCAUGAGAAAUGGAGAACAAAGCUCACUUCAUUAUUCCAUCAGGUAUGGAGUAAUUUUCUGACUAUUUUCUCCCCCGAGUACCGCCGUACCACCUACAUGAUGAUGGCCGUGUGGUUCUCUAUGUCCUUCAGCUACUACGGUCUGACAGUGUGGUUCCCCGACAUGAUCAAGUACCUGCAGAAGCAGGAGUACUCCUCACGAACCAAGGUUUUCGUCAAGGAGAAAGUAGAACACAUCACCUUUAACUUCACCCUGGAAAACCAGAUCCAUCGCCAGGGAGAGUACUUCAAUGACAAGUUUAUGAACUUGAAAAUGAGGUCUAUGGUGUUUGAGGACUCGCUGUUUGAGGAGUGUUACUUUGAGGACAUCACCUCCAGCAACACCUUCUUCAAGAACUGCACCUUUGUUGCCACCCUCUUUUACAACACAGAUCUCUUCAAGUAUAGGUUAGUUAACUGCAAGCUCAUAAACAGCACUUUCCUGCACAACAAAGAGGGCUGCCUGCUCAGUGAUGUCAGUGAUGAGAACAAUGCCUACAUGGUCUACUUUGUCAGUUUCCUGGGCACCUUGGCUGUGUUGCCUGGUAACAUCGUCUCAGCGCUGCUCAUGGACAAGAUCGGACGGCUGAGGAUGCUAGCGGGCUCCAGUGUGAUCUCUUGCAUCAGCUGUUUCUUCCUGUCCUUUGGCAACAGUGAGUCAGCCAUGAUUGCUCUGCUCUGCCUGUUUGGGGGAAUCAGCAUUGCUUCUUGGAACGCCCUGGAUGUGCUGACCGUCGAGCUCUACCCCUCUGACAAGAGAACCACAGCAUUUGGCUUCCUCAAUGCCCUCUGUAAAUUAGCAGCUGUUUUAGGAAUAAGCAUCUUUACCUCGUUCGUUGGUAUCACCAAGGCUGUGCCCAUCCUCUUUGCCUCGGGGGCGCUGGCGGUGGGCAGUUUUCUGGCCCUCAAACUACCAGAGACGCGGGGCCAGGUGCUGCAAUAGUGUGGCACCAACAACUUUCCGGGGGGCAGAAGAGUUUUGGCCACACUGUGAAUGAACAGCUCAAGAGCCCUCCAAACCCUACCCUCUAACCCCUCCGUCAUAAUGAUAGAGUAAAGUUUGUGCACAUACUGUUAGACAACACAGAAGAGCGACACAGAUGUGCUGUAAAUAUUUGGGAUUAGUGAUUAUUUUAUAGGUACCCCUCCAUGCUAUUAAGAAUAGUGAAGCUGGGACAAAGGCCUGAAUAAACCUUGAGCUGAGACAAUUUCUUGAUGAUUGCUCAGAAUUGCUGCCGAAACGUGAGGCAAAAGUAAUAUUAACAUGUUCACUGACAGCAUGAAAUUUAAUUCCCCUGAAAUAUAAUAGUAAAUUUAGAUUCGGCCCCCCCAAUAUGACUACAAACACCUACUAUACACUUAGGGUUGGAGGUCAGGGGAUGGUGGCUCUUGAUAAAGAGCCAUGCAAAUAGACUCAUAGAAAUGACCACUAGCCAUUGUUGCAGAGUUCUCUGUAGUCACUUCCAUUCUUCUGAGCAAAUUCAACUCACCUGUCAAGUCUUGAGUACUUUGCCAUUGUUGGACAUAGAAUCAAAAAUGCAACAUUUUACGCUUUGAUUUUAAGCAUUUUUGACUUUGCUGGGUAAAACCAAGACACUCUUGGCUUUCUCUUAAACAAAGACCCGUCCUCAUUCUUUGUCUCCUGAGGUCUUGUGUUGGUGUACAGACUAACUGCCAUUUUAUAGCUUAUAGAACAUUCCAGGUUUGCUUUUGUUGUUGUUAGAAUGUGACGAGAUCAAUGGAGCCCCUUCCCUUUGUUUCUGAUCACCUCCGAACAGUUAUGAGAUCAUUCAAAUCAGUUAAUGGAUACGUUUCCUAUGCCAAGUGAAACUUUUGUGCAGUCAUGAUUGCCAUUUCAUCACAAAGAUGAAGCUGCAUUUAAAGCACAACCAUUUGCCAGUGUGAAUGUCCCUAACAUUUUCUUGACUUGUUGAAAAUGUUCAGGAUCUCACACUCAAUCAACAUAUUUCAAUCAUACGGUAUAUCCCUCUAUAAGAAAUGCCUUUUUAGUACCUCUCCUCCCAGACAUACAGUAUGUUUGUCUCUUAUAAAAAUAUGUUUUGGAGGGUGUUAUGCAUGUCACAAAGUAUGUAUGUAAAUUUAUGAAAAUUGAGAAUACAAUAUGUGAACAGCAUUGCAUUUGCUCAUUGAUUAGUCUGGCUUAAGUUACCUUAAAAUGUUGACUUUUUCUACCCACAAAAGACUGAUUGAUUGAUUCUGCUGUUGGUAGCAGUGAUACCAUGAACUUUGAUGAAUCUUAUCACACUCUUCUUAGAGCACACCCCACUGAAUGGUCUCAAAAUAAAAAUAUUUCUUUAUUAAUUUAAAUCAUACUAUCACAUGUGGAAGAAAAGUGGGUAAUCAAAAGGGUAAAAAAAAAGUUACACAAAAACUUUUAGUUUUUAUGGUUUCAGUGCAGGCAAAAAAUGUGUUAAGUGUGUAAGAGAUGACAUAUAAACUAAUAAUAUAAAUAUUAUUUGUGUGAGCUGAAUGUUUAUAUUAAUGUGAGCGUGCGUCUUAGUGCAAUAUUGAACCUCUGCAAUAUUGAGAUUUUAUUUUAUUUUUUAUGUCUUUCACCAUUUCAUUACUAUUUAGUUAACAUUUGGCAAACACUCUUCUGAUAUGUGAAAGGUUGUGGGUUAGCUGUCUUAUAUUGAUAAUGGAACAUGGUGUGAUAACAUACUGGACAUACUUAACCUGUUUUUUGCUCUUGGAUCAAGACAGGAUGGAAAAGUAGAAUUUAAUGUCAGUAGAAUAAAUAUUAAAAUUGUUGGAAAACACUGCACCCAAAGAAAAAGUACAGCAGAGUUGUUCUAUUUAAAAUGUUCCUAAUUUGGGAUGUAUAUGUCCUUGAGGCACAUAACAAGCUGAACAUGAACAGUGAGGAUAAAUUGCAGUUGAAAAGGAUUAUUCUGCUAAUGAGGGUAUGAGGGUAUUUUGAGUGCACUGGGACCUUGUGUUUACUUGUGCUUUAUUAUACAAAUGUAGCUAGAUAUAACAUGAGAUUCACCGUAGAGAACUCACUGCCAAGGGCUGAUUGUCAUAUAUCCCACAAUGGUAACAGCACAGAGUUUUGGCAAAAAUGAUCCCCUGAUCUAAAAAAGCAAGGGUGAUAUGUUCACAAUUGCAUGGUAAAAGAAAACAAUCAUUAACAUGUAAGAUUAACAAAAAAAAGUUUUCGUCCAAACUGCCAUUUUGUAGGAUAGCAGCCAUACGUAGACUCAAGACAGUUGAAUAAAUAGACAACCCAUUGCACUAAAUGUACACGAUCGUACAUGCACAAUUGUGAAUGCCUUGAGUUCUUCAAGACACGUUCUGAUGCAGCCUUGCUAGAGAUUUAAUGAAGAACAAGGUGAGUAUUUAGCAAGAGCACAAAGACCAAAACCUUCCAAAUGACAAGAUUGUGAACAGUGCAGUUGUGAACAUAGGUGCUUUGAGCUUUGAAGACCCUCCCCUUACAUUUCACCCCCUCCGUCUCACACUGAUCUAACUCCAAAUUUGACAUCUGACCCAUUAUCUAUGAGUGUGCCAUCUCUCAUUAAUGAUUGCCAAAUAUUUUGUAUGGCCUGAGUUUACACAUUACACCAUCAAAUCUCUGUUAUAGAUAUGAAUAUAUGUAAAUAAAAGUACUUAUAAUGUAACUAAUACGAUAGCUCUUCAAACCUUUUGACCCCUGGAAAUAUACUAUAUUGCAGUCAGUCUUUGUAGGUUUUCAGCCAUCGAUCAUGUAAAACAAGAUUAACUGGACUUAUUAUGGUAAUGAAGAUUUUUCACAACUCAUCUGAGAACCUGUCUUUAAGAGUCCAGGUGCUCUUGUUUUAAAACUGCAAGAAACGAUUGCUUCAGAAGCCGAUAUGGCCAGCAAGUCAGAAAGCAAAAUUUGAUUUAAGAUUCCCUCUUAAAAGCACAUUGAUAGUAUAUAAAUGCACAUUAACUGUACAAAUAUAAAAUCUAAACAUCAGCAGUCCUAUUCUCUGUAUGUUUUCCUGUAUCACCCAUGAAAUUUAAGAACGAUGUCAAGAUAACUGUUGUAUUUGUUCAACAUGGAAUGCUGUUAAAGCGCUAACCUGUCUCAGUGACUCAGUUCAGGCUCCGUCCAAGUCAAAAUUGUCUCUCUCGUAGAUACAUAUCUUAGCUUAUGUUACAGGGUUUUUUGUAUAAUUAACUUGUUGCCUGAGCAACAGUCAAUCGUGAGUGCAAAAAGUUAACAAAGCAAUAAGUGUUUGGGUAUUUGUCUCUUAUUCUCUUCUUUGAAGCUAUUGGGAAUUGGAGCACAUUACUAUAUGCUGGCCUUGUCCACUAAAAUGCUGAGUGUUGGCUUAAUAAUGACACAGGACAUAACAGCUAACAUUCGUGUGUACUUUCUAAAACAACCCUAAGUCUUGAAGCUUUUGUCAAUAAGAUUGCAUUGCCAUUAAUUAAAUGUAACAAAGAAUCUAUCACCUUUGUCACUGUACUGUGCUGUAGAAACUGUAGUUGAUUGUAAGUAUAGAAACUUUGUGGAACCCUGAAUAUAAAAAAAAGUUAUAAAAAAAAGUGUAAAUGAAAAAUGCUGUAUGUUGUCUUUGAUUUUGUGUAUUUUGUAAAUGAGAAUGAAAUAUAAGUAAAUACAUCAAUGUUAAAUACCGGUUAUGAAUCAUAGUUAGCCUAAAUGUGACAACAUCAGUUCUGUUUAAAGGUGUGUGAGAUUUUUUCUUAUAUUUUCUCAUUGUUGAUUUUUGAUUGGGUUUGCACUAUGCUGUGCAACUGACCCUUUGGAAUCACAAUGGAUAACAAAGAACCAUGAAGAAUAAACAAGUGGAAAAAUUA